AUGAAAUUUAAAGCAUAUACAGGAAUUACAUGGUCUGUGUUGGAACUCACAGGCCUUGUAGAAGAUGAAGAUUCUCAUGUGUAUUUCGAGAAAUUUAAGAAACAUCUUGGUUUACAUCCUUUUCACUUAACAAAUCUAAAUGUUGCAUUAAAUGAAAUUUUAAGUUCGAAUUUGAAUUCUUAUGAUCCUGACUUAAAAGGAUUUUUAUUAGCUUAUAAGAAUCCUAAAUUAUUAACACCACUGGGUGAAAUAUUUCAUGAUACAUGUUUCAUUCAUAUUGACAUUGAAGCAGACUUUUAUGUAUUUAAACCAGAAGUUGGAUGUACAUUAAAAGGAAUAGUCAAUAAAAAGGGAUUGGGUCAUAUAGGAAUUCUUGUACAUAAAGCAUUUAAUGUAUCAAUUUCAAAACCAGACGACGAAGAAAAUUGGCCAGGUGAUGACCUUGAAAUUGGCCAGGAAGUAAGGUUUUCAAUAACACUUCUUGAUUUUACUAGUAAAUUGCCAUUUAUUCGUGGUGUUUUUAAUUCAAAUGAUUAUUUACGUGGCUGUAAGUUAGUCCAGAAAAGUAUCAACAACAAAAGAUCAUCCUCUGUGAAUAAAAUGCAGAAUGACGUUGAGAACCAAGCUAACAGAAUAUCAGAGAAAAAUGUUAAAUAUACCAAGCAGCGUAUCUUUUUUGCAACUGAUUCUGAAAAUACCACUGAUGAAGAUGUAUCACCAGUAAAAGAAGAAAUUGUUCAACAAAAAAAAUCAAAGAAGAAAUCUAAACUAAAAGAAUCAGUUGAAUACUGUGAAAAUAAGGAAAAGGACAAAAAAUAUAACAGAAAAUGUAAAGAAAUGAAUGAAUCUAGAAUUAACUUGACAAAGGUAGAAAUUGAUCAUGAUCAAUAUACGAAUAAUCUUUCUUUAAAUGGUGAAUUAGCAGUAAAUGAAGAAUUAGAAGAAUUCAAUGAUUCAAAAAGUAACAUUAAAAAGAAAUACAAAAUUAGGAAUUCUCAGAGUGAGAUUGAUGAAGAUGAUAAUAAAAAGUCUAUAACAUAUUUAUCUAACAAAAUAUUAAAUGAAUCAUCUACCAUAAAAUUUAAAAGUAACACUAGUAGAAUUAAAGUUGAACAUUAUGCAGUUAACAGUGAUGUAGAACAAAUUAUAGAUGAAAAUAUACCUGAAAGUAAACACAAAAUAAAAAAAAAUUCCAUGAAAAGACAACUUUUAGAUGAUAGUGAUAUUUCUGUAGUUGAUUUUAGUACAGAAAAAUACAUAAAGAGUUCAAAGGACCCAAGUAAAAGAAGUUCAAAGAGAAUUAAGAUGGAAGAAUUGAAUGACUCACACAUUCAUGAAGUGAAUGAUAUACAAGAGUCUCCAAAGAAACAACAUAAGAAACAUAAACAUUCUCUUAAAUUAGAGACUUCUGAAAGUGAAAUGGAUAAUAUAAAGAAGCAUUCAAAAAGAGCUAGCAUAUUAGAUUCUGAUACUGUAAUUCAAAAUAUAAAGAUCAAAAAAGAAAAGAUAACUAGUAGUUCUGAAAAUACGCAAGAUGAGGAUUGUGUAGAAACAAAGAAUUCUGGCUUAAAUACAUCUAUAUGUGAUUCUAAUUAUGAUGUAGGACACAAAAAUAACAUUACCGAAAAGAAACGAAAAAAACAUUCUAAGAGAGCUAUUAUAGAUACGAGUACAAUUAAGUUAGAACCCGAAUUUGAAGAUGUCGUAAUUAAAAUUGAACCUGGAUUUGAAAACGUUGCAGUUAAAAUUGAAAAACCUGAAAAUGAUAGUGAUAACAUAAUUCAGGAUAUUUUCUCAGAACACGACGACCAUAUCGAUAACGAUGAAGGACAUAUAAAAAGUAACGUAAAACAUUUGAAAAAGAAAAAAGUGGACAAAAAGGUAAAAAUAGCAAAUGUUAAAGUAAAGACAGAAAAAUUGUUAGGUACUGAUGUACUAGAUAUCGACAAUAGUGACGUUGAUGUUCAAAAUAUUCCAAAAAGGAAACAACAUAAAAGUUCACCACACAAACAAUUAAAUAAAUCUAGGGAAUCUGAAUCAGAUAUUGAAUUUAGAAAUGUUAAAAUUAAAACUGAGAGGUUUUCAGAUAGUUAA